AUGGAGAAAACAAUUCGAACUAUACUUGAUCAAGCACAAAAUAAUAAUAUUCGGCAUGGCGAACAUCUUAAAGCACUUGCUGAUCUUUACACUAAGUGCAAUCAAGAAUCUUUUCAUGACGAAUUUCUUCGUUGUAUUGCUUCAAUAAUUACUUCUCCAUCAAAUUCAACUUAUGUUGGACAUGCUCUUCAUUUUAUAUCGUCUUUUCUUACCUUAGAAAUAGGUUCAUCAACAAAUAACGAUGAAUCUCCAAAUAAUGAUAGUAUGCAAUCAGAUGUUUUUCAUCCAAUUUUACCACAAGUCAUACAAUUUUUUGAUGAACAUAAAAAUCACUCAAGUGAUUAUGUUCGUGCAAAUAUAUGUGUUCUUAUUGGACAAAUAUUAGAAAAAAUGGCCGAAAAUGCUGAAUUAGACGGAGAAUUAUUUGAAUUACUUGUCAAUAUUUCUCUUGAUCGAAUGAAUGAUCGAAGUUAUCAGGUACGAGCUCAAGCAGCGAAAGCCAGUGGUCGAUUACAGAAUACAAAAGAUCCUGAUGAUCUUAUUACAAAACGCCUUAUUUGGUUAAUGGAUCAUGAUUCUCAUCCACUUGUUCGAAAAGAAUCACUUCGAUCAAUAGCUAUAACACGUUCGAAUUUACCACAUUUUUUACGACGUCUUACAGAUACAAAUGCAACCGUUCGUUUAUGUGCCUAUAAUGUAUUUGCACAAAAAGUUCAAACAUUAAAAGUAUUGCCAACGAUUGAACGUUGUCGUAUUGUGCGUAUGGGUAUGGAUGAUCCGGAAGAGCCUGUUGUUCGUGCCUUUGUCGAAUGCGUGGUUCAUACCUGGAUUGAUAAAUUACCAGUUCCUCCUGGAACUGAUCUAACUCAUCAACCAGAUGCACAUAAAACAAUAACUGGUUUUCUUAAAAUGAUCGAUGUCAUGAAUAUUGGUGAGCAAACUGGAAGAAUAUUAAAAAUGCUUUUUGAUGAUAAUUUAACAAAGCACUAUGAUCAUUUUAAAGACACAUUCAUUAAUGAUAAACGGCUGAUUGGCGUUGAGCAACUCGAUUGUGAAUCCGCAUUUUUUUGGCAACAUCUUGUGGAAUAUCUUAGUCGAAAUAAUGAAUAUACUGAAAAACUUGAUGCCAUUCUACCCGAACUUGUCGAUCUUGUGGAUGUAAUUUAUGAUCUAAUUCGUUCGUAUCAUGAUGAUUCAUCGACUGAUUCAGUAGCUGCAGAAAUUAAUUUUGUUAUUGAUUGUGCUUUACAUGUUAUGGCUCAUUGUAAAUUUGAUGAUCUUGCUGGAAGAUAUCGCGUUGAAACAUUAUGUCGUGAUAUGUUAUUUAUGGAAGAAAUAGCGCCAACAACAUACAAAAUGAUAAUGAAUAUUAUGAAGAAAAUUGAACCAAAAUUUGAACAUCGACAAAGAAAAACAAUUGAAAUGUUAGCUGAUCUUGAAAAACGUGAAAGUCGAUGUACAGAACAUAUUUUGGCAGAUCGAAAAAGUGAAUAUGAGAUUAUCGCUUUACGUGAACGUCAAUCAUCUUUACAAGAUUCAUUACAUCGAAUUCGUGAUCACGAUAUUGCAUCACAAAAUGUCGAUGAACGUGUUCGACUUGAAAAAGAUCUUAUUGAAGUCAAACAACGUCUUUCAAAUUAUGAUCAUACAAUCCUAUCAACUCAAUCACAAUCACACAUGAGUACAAUUACCUCUACAGGCGAUCGUUCUAGUGAUGAUCAUCGUAAUUUUAUGAUUGUUAAACGUUUAACAAUUCUUUCUGAACUUUUAUCAACAACAAUGCCUAAUAAAGUAUUACCUCCAUCAUUCGUAACAUAUGCAAGAGAUUUAGCUGUCUCAAAUGUUUUGUCAUUCGAUUUAUCAGUUCGUCGUCAUGCUGUUCGUGCAUUAGGUUUACUUGCUGUUUAUGAUAAACAACUGAUGAUUGAUACUCUUGAACUUAUUAAUAAAGUGGUAGAAAAUGAUUCUUCCAUAGCAGUUAUUGAAGGUUUGAAUGCAUUAGGAGAUAUGUUUAUUCGACAUAAUGCAUCUAGCAUGUUAAAAAAUACAAACAAUACUCGACAAGUAAUGGAAGCUCUUGAACAAGGAUUCAAUCUUAUUUCUCGAAUGAUUGAUAAUCGCACUCUGAAUGUUCGUCUUGCAGCUUUAACUAAUAUGAUUAAAUUAUUUUUUGUUGGCCAAGUCAAUAGUGCUGAAGCAUUUGCUAAACUAAUUGUUUCGUGGUACGAUGAAUCAACAGAUAUUCGUGUCGGUGGUCUUCUUACCACAUUUUUUCCGGCAUAUGCUGAUAAAUUCUGGCAAACCGAUAAAUACUUAUUUAAUUCGUUGGAACCAUCUAUUGAAGGUCUUUUGAAAAAUGAUUUUACUAAACAGGAACCAACAUUUGUUGCUGAUGCUAUAAAACUCUUUCUUCAAUUACAUCAAAUACGAGAACGAGCAGUUAUUGAUCAUCUUAUGAAAAAUGUACCAGCAUCGUCAGGUGAUACAACAAAUGUUGAUUUACCCGAUCCGACAAACGAUCCAAAUACAACUAAUCUUGAUUUAACAAUUCAUGCUCAUUUAAAUAGUUCAAUUAUAUCAGUAAACAAACAAGCACUUGAUAAAGAAACUGUUGAAAAACAAAAACAUGAAGCUCGACUUAAGUAUCAUUUUUAUGUUGCACAUACAAUACUAGGUCAAUUGAAAUCAUCAACCAACGAUGAUCUUAUUCGUUCAUUAAUAACAACAUUAAAUUUAAUUGAUAUAACCACAGAUGAUUGGACGAUUAUUAAAAGUUUGAGACGUAAAUCAAAAAAAGUCAAUAAAUAUCUAACGGUUAGUAAAAGAAAAUCAAAUUUAAAAAUGUUUAUUAAAAAAUUAUCCAAUCGUAUUGAAUUAUUACGUGGAUUUGAUGAUGAUAAUGAUACAACACUAAACGAAUCAACACUUACUGAUUCAUCUCAAUUGAACAAUACAGUAAUUAGUGCUGUUCCAGCACAUGUUACUAAUGCAGUUUCAACAACACCUGGUUCACCACUAAUGGAUACAGUUUUUCGUGGCCUUGGUAAAAAAAAACGUCUAGUGAAAGAUUCAUUGCUAUCACAAAACUCGACCAGUUCUGUUGUUGUACCACCACCACCACCACCACCACCUAUUGCAAUUCGUAGUCCACUAACACUUCCACCAGUGAAAGUAUCUCGUAAUGAAAAAAAUGCAACAAACGUUUCUGCUACGCCUACUCGUCAAAGUACUAAUAAUAUGGAUACUUCAUCGUGUUCAUCACCAUCAUCAUCAGACAAUGAAGAUCAAACAUCUGAUAUUGAAAAUGAAAAACCUCAAUAUCUAUCUCAUAUUAUCUCAUCAGCUAAUAAGCGAGCACGUGCUGAUGCUACAUCAACUGAAUCACUCAGUCCACCACGUACAAGUGUAACAAAUUCAAAUCGUAUGAUACUUCGAUCUAGUGCACGCAGACAACCAGGGCAACAAUCUCAGCAAAUUCCGAUAUCAACACCUUCAUUUCGUCAACAACGUAAACAUCGUCGUAUUGAUCUUGAGAUUACUCCUUUAAAUAAUAGCAAUAAGAACAAAUUACCGCCACCUCAAUCAUCAACACCUCAUACAAAUCAAUAA